AUGACUGUGGCUGUUCAGAAUGGGCCUCAUAUUAUCCUUAGUGGAGAACCGUUUUUGAACAAGAAGACGUCUUUCAUAGAAUCACGAAUGGAAUAUUACGAAUACUGUCUCGCCGAAUGGAUGGCAUCAAGUUGGAAAGACCGAAAACUUGCAAGAAUCACUAUUCAGACUCGACCAUUUUACAAUAUGUUACUGACUUUGGAAGCUUUGAGCUUUAUUCCUGGUCAAGGGAUAAUCUAUCGCUUACUCUUACCACAAUUUAUUGGUUACAAUACCGAUGACCAUUUUGUUCUGACAGACUUUAGUCAUGCUAUGUAUUCCGAUAACCGAACCCGCAACCCUUCAAUGCCUAUUGCAAGCGGAUUCAUGGCUCCAGAAAUGUUUCAAAAGCAGGAUCCAACAACCGCGGUAGAUAUCUGGGCUGUGGGUGUUCUUUUCUUGGAGUUACUCCUACUACUACCAGUAAACAAGAUGUUAUCUCAAUCAAGUGAAAGCAAGGCAAGAGGAUCUUCGCAACACACGUUCCAAAGCAACGAAAAGCGCGACAGUCGAGCCCGCAGUCAAAUCUCGGGAUCUCUGCAAACAAAUUCUUAA